GUAUAUGGAACACCUAAACAAAAUGACAAUCAAUACUGUAUAUGGGACAAUUAAAGAAUCUCUCGUUGCUCGACUUCAACGUGUAACACAUCACCAUAUACACGACAAAAUACUAGAGAAUCGGUGAAGGGACAAUGACACCUGUUACAUCCCCCACCUCUUCCAACUGUUAAAUCGUUAUAAAUGCAUCGUAUAUUGUGUUUUUAAAAGUUUAACGAAACAUGAGAUGGAUAUCUUAGCAAUAGCCUUGUCUCUGCUUCUACUCUGUUUCAUCUUCUUCCUUUUCACAUGUUCCGGCUACGAAGGAGCCAAGAUCUCACCGGGUCCUCCAAGGUUACCUCUUCUUGGUAACAUCCUUCAAAUCGGUGAAAAGCCUCACCGUUCACUUGACCAUCUCUCGAAGAUUUACGGUAGCGUAAUGACUCUUAAGCUUGGUUGUUUGACUACAGUAGUCAUAUCAUCACCUGAAGCUGCAAAAGAAGUUCUGAAAACACAUGACCAUGUCUUGUGUUACCGAAUCUCCACCGACCCGGUUCGAGCCACUGGUCACCAUGAGCGUUCCUUUGCAUGGUUACCUCCGUUUGCUCGUUGGAGGUUUCUAAGAAAGAUCACGACACAACAGUUGUUCUCAACGCGGAGUUUAGACGCAACCAAGGACUUAAGGAUGAGCAAGGUGCAAGAACUCAUGAGCUUCGUUGACACAUGCAGCCAGAGCAGCGAAGCUGUGAACAUUGGUCGUGCAUCAUUCAUCACAUCUCUCAAUAUAAUCUCUAACGCUUUGUUUUCCAUAAACCUCGCUAACUUUAAUGACACCGAGACAACGGAUGACUUCCAAAACGUGGUGCUUCGGAUGAUGGAGAUCGCUGGAAAAUCCAACAUGGCAGAUUUUUUCCCGUUUCUUGGGUUUCUUGAUCUGCAAGGAACUAGAAAAGAAGCGAGGCUAUGUAUGAACAAACUGUUUAGGGUUUUCCAAAGGUUCAUCGAUACAAAGAGAUCAUUAAAGGCUUCAAGAAACAAGGACAAUGAUAUGCUAAGCUCUCUUUUAGACAUAUCUCAAGAAAAGGAGUCAGAACUCGAUGAUGAUGGUAUCAAACAUUUACUUCUCGACUUGUUUUUGGCCGGAACAGACACAAGUUCGAGUACGGUGGAAUGGGCUAUGGCAGAACUACUUCGGAACCCAAAGAUGAUGGUGAAAGCUCAAGAAGAGAUUAGACAAAUGAUAGGAGGAAACGACGCCGUUCGAGAAUUGGAUAUCUUCAAACUACCUUAUUUACAAGCAGUAGUGAAAGAGACUCUUCGUUUGCAUCCUCCUUCCCCUUUUCUCAUCCCUCGAACAUCGGAGUCUGAUGAUGUCCGGAUUUUCGAGUUCAUCAUCCCAAAGAAUACUCAGGUUCUUGUGAGUCUAUGGGCGAUAGGACGAGACCCAAACGUGUGGGAGAAUCCAACUCAGUUCAAGCCUGAGAGGUUUUUGGGAAGAGAAAUCGAUGUGAAAGGCAAUGAUUUUGAGCUGAUUCCAUUUGGAGCUGGAAGAAGAAUUUGCCCAGGAUUGCCACUAGGUUUUAGGAUAGUACAUUUAGUUCUUGCGUCUCUUCUCUAUGGCUUUGACUGGGAGUAUCAAAAUGGCAUCCUUCCUGAAAAUGUCGAUAUGAGCGAGGCCUUCGGCGUUACCUUGCACAAAGCUGAGCCACUAUGUGCAGUGCCUAUCAAGAAGCAUGUUUGACUGACAUCAUCUUCGUUUUUAUAUUUCUCAACUUAUCUAUAGGUAAUUAUAGUGUUAUCAGGUCAUGUACUCAUGUCUCGAUCUUGUGAAGUAUACAAAUAAAUUUAAGAAGGCUAGAGCACGAGAUGUUUUUUUUUUCAUGUAAGUCAAACAUACCUUAACAUAGUUAAGGGUUAUUUUUCCAAACAGUUUUACUUUGGCUAAAACUUGAUUUAAUAAGAUGGUAAGUUGACAAAAAAUUCUUAAUAUGAGAAUUACUUUAAAUACCAUAAUUUAGAUACUAUUUUUAAUAUUAUUUUCAAUCAAAAAUAUUAUAGCAUUUGAGUUUAGAAUUUAAUGAUUAUUGUUUAUGGUUUAGUAUUUAGGGGGUGAGAUUUGAUUUAUAAAUUUAAUUUAUAUACAUAUUUUAGAAAUGAAUCUUAAACAUUUAUAAAUGAUUUAGAUUUAAUAUAGCCUCUUUCAUCACAAAUUUAAAGUAUUUAUGUAAAUAGAUCUCUUUUAAUUAAAUUUAGAAAGUGAUAUCAAAUUUAUGGUUAAAUUAGAAUUCUCCAUUUAAUAUCUACUAUUCAUAUUAAGUGAAAUCUCUUUUUCAUAAAGUGGAUGUUUCAGAAACGGUGUCGUUACAAAACUUCCAUUUAACCACUCAUCUUGACUGGUCAAGAGCAGAGGCAGGAGGAAGAAAGAAAAAUUUAAUUACCAUUCUUAACUUUCUUAAUGUGUUGCGAAAUUGCUAAAUCAAACAUCACUCCCUCUUUCUCGCGCGCUCCAUUCUCCGAUCGUCGCUUCUCCUCCCGCAUCGUAGUUGCUUCUCAUCGCCGACUAGAUCCGUUUCUUUCUCCGACUCUAGGUGAGCCCGAUAAUCUCAGUUCCUUUCCCAUUCGUUUUCUUAAUCAGAUCCUCCCUUAAAGAUCUGCAUGUCUAGACCAGAUCUCGUGUUCUGUUUUCAUGUAGUAGAUUUCUUGUGGUCGGACGUGAAACCUCAUCAGUUUACACGGCGUUUUGUCUUGUUGUCGGACGUGAAAUAUGUUUUUUACGUUACAU